AUGUCUUCAAUUGUUUAUGUCUAUAAUUCAGCAAAUCUAAUUGAUUUACGAACAAAUAUUUAUAAAAAAGUAAGUAAAAUUAUUAUGGUAUUUCAAAUUAAUCAGUUAUUAAUCAAAACAGGUAAAGAAAAUGAUGAUCGACGAUCUCUUAUUGAAUAUUUCAAAUCUCACAAGGAAUAUACUGGAUCACAACAGGUAGAAAAUGUUAUAAAAUUUAUGCGUGACUGA